CGUCAAGGAUGUGUCUGACGGCCAUGCAUAGGAUAUGCACAUCUUUCGGGCGAAGCGAACGGGGAUGAAAGUGUUUGUUUUUUGAAGCGCUGGCCUGACGAUAACCACUAUGGUAAACAAACGCAAACGAGGGCCUCUCGACGGCAAUGCCUCCGCCGCCAAUGGAUCUGGUCAGGUGGCCAGGAGUCCAUCACGCAAGAUACAGAGGAUGCAACAAAGGCGCGAUGCGCGUGUCAUUGCUGCAGAGCAGCCAUCCACCUUUGCAGCACCGAUCCCCAAAUAUGGUGCUGGCCAGCCUCGAGACGCAAGCUCGCGGGGCCCGGUCCAGGCAGCGAAUGUUCAGCCGUCUCUCGCUGCCGAGAUUUCUUACUUAGGCGGUAUGGGCCGUCGCAAUCUUCCGCCUCAGUUGAGUGUUGAAGCUGCUUUAUCCUCGCGGGCCUUCCAGGUACGCGCCAUGCUCAAUGCUAUGGCCUCCGCCCGCUCGUCACAGACGACUCGCGCCUGGCAGCUCCUUCCGCGACACAUGCGCCGUCGAGCCGCUUCGCACAAUUUGUUGCGCCUGCCAGCGAGGCUUCGCAGCAAAGGGGCCAGAGAGUUGCAAGCAAGCAAAACGCUCGCCAAGACUCGGUCGCAAGUGCGGAAGCGCGACGUUAACCGGACUGUCAAGCUGGCAGAUUUGCGAAAGCAGCGAUUGAGAGAGCGGAGCAAGAGGCAGGGUGCGCGAUGGCUCGAGACGCACAUGUGGCAUGCAAAACGCUUUCACAUGACGCGCAGCCCAGACGACAAGGUUAUCAAGCGAUAUCGGCUCAAUUAUCUGCCUUCUUCGUCACUGGAGACAGGUACUUUAGGAAUGAAGAAGACUCGCAAGUCCCAUCCGCCGACGUCGGUCGGCAAAGAUCUGCACCUCGUACCGUCCCAGCCGCAGACCGGCUUUAUUGUCGCAGAGAAGCCGCACAUGAAGGCCCAUCGUGCCAGCUGGAGGAGCGCGCAAGAAAAGAUCAUCAUACAUGAUGCAAGCUACGACAGCUGGUUCAAAAUCGCAUGCACCGCAGUUCCGUUGCAUCCAUCACGCGCAGGAAGGGGAAAGGGCAAAGGGAAUGCAGAGGAUGAGGAAGGUACCACCGUGCUUGAUGCACUAGCUUUCUCUCAGACCGUACUGGCUCGCGUGAUCAAGAGGGGCGGCGUUGCUGCAGGUUGGGAAGACAAUUCUUCGGCCAGGUACUGGGACGGGAGCACAGAAUGCAGCACGGUGCUUCUUGGCAAACCCGGCGGCAGGGUCAUUCGAUCGAGGUAUGGAGGCAGCAAGGGGAAGGAGAUGGACUCGGAAAAUGAUCCAGUCCUUCAAGGAAAGCUUGACGUCGCAGACACUGGGAAAGGAGCGGGGCCAAGUGGCUUUAAGGAUGAUGACCCUGUCGACAUUCUUGGAGAUGAGGCGCUUUCAGCCGGCGAGGGCUCCCUUCUCUCGCACGCAAGGCUCAUUGCGCCUUUGAGGCUUUUUUGGUUGCCAGAAACCGAGUCGCGAGACCCGCACUCUAGUUCGACCCGCCGCGAAGCCCUCAUUCGCUGUCAUCCGAGCGCAGCCACUGUGCUGCAUCACGCUCUGUUGCAAGCUGCUCAAGAAGAAAAUGAGUUGCAAAAGCGCAAGACACGGCAUCGACGUUCUAGCCUUGCAAGGUACGUCAAUCAUGAUAGCCAAGCUAUGGAUAUGGAUGCUCCUGGCACUGGCAGCUCUUCUGCUGAAAAUCAAAAAGCGACCGAAGGCGACUUCCGACUCGAAGUGGGAGUACAUCGGUUGCGCAGCGCGCCUUCCUCCGACGCUGUCGUACCCUCAGGGCGCAGAUCCAACAGAAGAAUGCUUCGAAAGAAGCUCUCUUUGGCUGCCAUGGCAAGGGAUGCUUUGCAUCGGCUGACGCAGCCGCGAGAGCGCGCCCCGAUUAGCAAGACUCAGCAAGACAAACUGAUGGCACAGCUUCGCCUGCGUUCGUCCUCACUAUGGAGGAACAACAGGCUCACUCGGGCGGAGAAGGUGCGCCAGCGGCUGAAGCGAUUCUAUUGUGACUACUCAGCAUGGCAGAAGGAGGCGGGUCUUCUUACCACUUCGACGCUGACAAAGGACGAGACCCAAGUUGCCAGAUCUCUUGAAGGCGAACUACAUGUAAAGAUGGCGGAGACUCUUGACGCCAAAUCAAGUGUAGACCUCGAAGGAUUCAACACGUUCGAGCUUGUUGGCCCUGACAGCGGACGACUGUUAGGUGGCGUUCUGCGACCAGUUAACACCACCCCGCCAGCAAAGCGAAAGGCUUUCAAAAUGAUCACACAUGGUUUGGCGCCGAGUCAAGUACCGCCAGGACUUGUACUGUCGCUUGAUGUGCAUGAUCCAAGACUCAGCUUUCCUCCCUCGCUCCCUCGCAACGAUGCUGUAGCUGCGGUGACCAACUGUUCUAAGAGUAAAGAUGACUUCGGAGCGCCAUUUAAGGGGAAGCACAAGCAUGCCCAUAAUAAGAAGCGGGGACCCGGCUCAAACCAAACGGAUAUCCCUGAACUGAACGUGCAGGACCUUGCCGUUGGUUCGUUUUGGCGGCGUAAGCCUGCAGCACCCGUCUUCUCAAAAGGCGAUAUCGAUCACCGAAGGUCCAAGCAACUGAUUCCAGGCUCGCGAUUAGAGCCAACUUCGAUGGAUGAUAUUGUUCCGGUGGUCAUCAUCCAGCAUACGUCCAACGCUGCGACUACGCACGAUCAUCAGCUCCAGCGGCAAUCGCUUCACGGGUUCACUUUGCUCGUCCCAUGCCGAUGGGGGUCGAUCUUUUGGCAUUCGCUUGUGCACCCUGGCACCCGCGUGGCGGGCCAAGCGCAAGUCCGCCAGCAAGCCGUCGAGGGCGGUCGCUUAGCAUUUCCACAUGACUAUCUCGGUACUGCUGCAUUUGAUUCGUAUUGGAAGCAAGAGGCACAAGUUCGGAAGCGAGAAUGGAAAAAGCGACCGAAAGGCAAGCGCAUCGAGUUUGACAAGCUAGGUGUCCACUUUCCUUUUGGAGGGAAGCAAAUGUGGACGAAAUGCAUGCGGAAUGCAUUUCAGCUAGCGCAACAUGAGGCAAAGCUUCAUCCGAUUUUGAGCGACAUUGUCAUCAACGAGAGGACGCAGCCUUGGCUGCUCCACAUCAAUGCUGGCGCGAGCACCCAGGCUUUGACAAGUCUUGCGCGCGCUCUGCUCGAAGAGCCUACGAUCUCGGCGGAGGACUUGUCGGCUCGCGUCCGCGCAGUUCUCAGCCUACCAGGGAGCCGUAUAACCAUCAACGAUCUUUCGCGUUUGUCGACUGCUAUGGUGCCUGUCAGAGUGACCGCCUGCCGCCGUGGUAAAUUCGAAGAGAUGAGCAGCAUUUUCGUCGACAAGCCAGAGAGGGACGUCGCUUGGCGCAAUACGCUCCACGCAGCUGCAAGCGAAGGACUCUCCGACCAUCAGGACGAGUUGCUUGCCUUGGAAAUAGGCCAAAUGGAUCAGAACCGCCAAGUCGGGGCUGUAACUAGCGGAGGAGUCUCUCUAACGCAAGGACGAGGAUACGGCGUAGGCAGCAUUUCGCUGUUAGCUUAUGCGCAAAUACUGCUGCGCGAUGCGACGUGGACCGCGCCUCUGCACAAGAGGAAGGGACGUAAUCCUGUAGAUACCGACAGCUUAGCCGUCGUACGAGGCCUGGGCGGACCGGUACUUAGAACAGCUAGCAUCAAGACACUCUCUGCCUGACUUGGUAGCUUCAAGCUCCGGCAUUGCAACAUCGUCUCAUCGCACCCAGUCAUAAGA